AUGGCUUUGUCAGUAGUCUUAGAAUACUUAGAUUUCUUCUACUUGCCAUUAUUACAGUAGUUGAAUAAAAGGUUUUACAAUCAUUUGAUACCUUAAGCUUCUGAAAUGUGCCAAAUAAAGUUCGUAAAAACAAAGAUCUAUAAUUUAUAACCAGAUGACAAACUUUAUGAACUAUCUGCCUAAAGUAUAGAGUUUGGAUAAAACUGGAUGAUGCUUCCUUUUAAAAAGUUGAACUUUGAAUUUAGUACCUACUCAAGAUAUGCUAAAGUAAUCCAAAUUGACGCUAGAUUUGUGUUUUUUAUAUCAGGAAUGGACGAAUAUGAUAUGUGCAGUACUCCUUAGUGCUAUGCUUAUGACAUCUAAGACAACAGUCUGAUAUCUAUUCCUGAUAUAAAGUUCCCUAGGAAUUCUUUUGGAAUCACUUUUAUAAAAGGUUUGAUUUAUGUUAUUGGAGGAAUUGAGAUGGGAACUAAUACAACUACCAAAGAAACAGAGGUCUAUGAUAUCUUUAAUUGCAAAUGGAAAACAUGGAUACCCAUUCCUUGUGCUAAAAUAGGUAUCUCUGCAGUCUAAUUGAAAAAUAGAUAUAUCUAUCUGGUAGGUGGUCUCAAUAAUUAAAGUAAUAAGCAUACAAAAAAUAGAUAGUUCCUUGAUAAAUUUCUCAUGAUUGAUACCUUAAAUGAGGCGAAAGGAUGGUAAAAGAUAAGAAUAAAAAAAGAUGUUAGAAUUCCAAAUGGUUGUUAGUUUGGUGUAUUACCUUACAAUACACCAAAUGAAGAUCCAAGUAUUACACAUUUCUUGAUCUUAGGUGGUGUUAAUAAGGAUUUAUAUCAUGAUGUAUAUGAUGUGACUGUUAAAGAAAAUUCAAAAUAUGCCUAUCCAAAAUUGCUACCAUGGGUACUAGAGGAAUAAGAUAGAUUCUAUUUCAAUUAGUCUUUCCAGUCAAACUUGCUAGAUUAUUGCUAAGAAAAAUAUAUAGUAGGUAGAAUGGCAGCUUAUAAAUUUACGUUUAGUCAUGACUUAACUGAGAUAGUUGAAAUGAAUAACUUUUAAGAAGCAGGACAUUUUUUCAAUGACAAUGGUGCUCCUUUCAUGACUUUCAGAUGA